GCCGUGUUCCGAUGUAGGAUACAACCCCGCAGAUCAUCGAGAAUGAGAGCCCUUCAUGAGCCGGCGGGACCCGUCCAGAUCAUUUACUUGUCUCUUCUGAAUUUCCUCUCUUCUUUCAUCCAAAGAACAAUCAGUCGUGUGGAACCGCCACAGGACCCCCUACAUCAAAAUGGCAAACGAAGGCCGUAUCGCAACCCUUGAUUCCACCAUCGCCGAUAGGCUUCCGGCCUACUCCAGGUCGCUCUUCGAUGCUAAGGCGGCAAAGGGCUUGAGCUUCGAGGCCAUUGGCAAGCACCUUGACCGAAGUGAGGUUGCAUGUGCAGCAUUGUUCUAUGGCCAGGCCACGGCAUCUUCUGAGGACGUUGAGCGGCUAUCGGAGCUCCUGGACUUGCCCAAAGAAUCCCUCACAGUGCAGAUGACGGGUUUCCCUAACCGCGGCCAGGCCGGCCCGAUGCCGCCAGUUGAGCCUCUCAUCUACAGACUGUACGAGAUUGUGCAGAACUACGGCUACGCGUAUAAGGCCAUCUUAAAUGAGAAGUUUGGGGAUGGUAUCAUGAGUGCCAUCGCCUUCUCAACCAAAGUCGAUAAGGAGGUGGAUGAAGCUGGCACACCAUGGGUCGUCAUCACAUUGAGGGGGAAAUGGCUUCCAUUCAGUCGCUUCUAAGCCAGCUCACGUGGUCUUCACCGCCGUCUCAUGGUCGAGAAACCGUGGCGUCAAUUAUCCGGGACACCGGCAGAGGCUUGCCGAAUCGCCUUGUUUUCACUCGGUGGCUUGGCAGGAUUCCCAU